GAAGUACAAGAAGCUGGUCUUCGAGGAGGUGGUGAACGAGCAACGCGGGCGCCAGGCGGGCGACGAGUUCGAAGCUGAGCUCCGUGCCUUGCUCCAGCCGGUGCUGGUGACCCCCUUUAACAAGAACCUUGACGAGCAGCUGGAGGUGACGACCGCACGCGUCAAGACAGUACUCGCGAGUCACCUGGCGAAGGCGCUCGACUUAAAGAGCUACUUCCUGGACCAGGCUGUGACGACCCUCGCAGGAGACAUUGUCGAGCUGUACCCCUGGGCUCGGAAGUGA